GUGAGCUGAAACUUGACAACUAUGAGAUCAAUCACAGCCUCAUUCCGAUAGUGCAUAUCCACUGGCAAACCAGGUGAGGGGCGACCUUCCAGAUUCCACAGCACAGCUGAAUGGCUUAUCAUUUCAAAAGUCUGCCUGCGGUUUCCACUAAGACUUUUUCUUUUGCUUGCGCAUUGGAACAUAUCAGGUUUGCCUGUGAUUAAUAACGCCGGUUGAUGAGAACUGCUUUUUUUAUCCAAGGUUUUAAAUUCAUUUAAAAUUCAUGGCAUAAACCUGAGCGGCAUUAAAUACAGUAGCAGCAGUGCGUUGUUCUUAUAAAUGUCCACUAAACCCGAUAAAGACUCACAGGGAGAUUUGACCCGCCUAGAUGCACUCAAAGCGGAGUGGGAUGAAGAGAUUGACGUGGAGAGCGUUGACGGACGGGAGCCCGCGGCGCGCAGGUCAGAGAUGAUGUGGACGGAUGAAGCUCCAGCGCAGCGCAAACUGACCCGCAGUCCGAAGUGCGCUCGCUGCAGGAAUCACGGCGUCGUGUCGCGCCUCAAGGGCCACAAGCGCUUGUGUAGCUGGCGGGACUGUCAGUGCGCUAACUGUCUGCUCGUAGUAGAGAGACAAAGAGUGAUGGCAGCGCAAGUCGCCCUCAGGAGACAGCAGGCCACAGAGGGGAAAAAAGGUCAAAAAAAGACCUCUCUUCUCAGGCGCACAGCCUACCAGCGCUACACAAGGGCACCUAGUCUCCUGGCAAAGAGUAUACUAGAGGGCUACAAGCCACCUAUGCUGGAGGACUGGUCAAAGAAACUCCACAACCCACCAGUUAGUGUUCGGAUGAGGAAGAGGAGAGCGUUUGCUGAUAAAGAGCUGGAGAGUGUGAUGCUAGAAAGAGAGCUUCUGCAGAAAGAGAUGGAGGAGUUCCCUGCACUCCUCCUCAAGGCUGUGAUGCCUUCUACUCCAUUUUUUGUUCCGCUGUCAGACCCAAUCAUGCCCACAUACAUGCCUGUGUCCAAACCUGGUCCACCUUUGAUAGACUGUGCUCUUUCCCACCAUCCACAUGUGCUAAAAUCCAUGACUCUAGACUGCACAGACACACUGUCAGAGAGUGCCUCUCUAAAAGUGUGUGAGAACUGGGAAGUUUUCACUGUAAGAGAGUCGAGUCUGGAAUGUCUGCCAUUGCCAUCGAUUCGGUCUCCACUACGUUGCUGCGGUGCGAGUCCAGGUGUUGAUGUGGUUAAGACCAUGCCGGACAGCGUUUCUGCUGAUCUGUCUGCUGUCAAGCCAAAAAGUUUUACUGUUGACACUGUGUCAAAGCAAGAAAUUCCUUCCUCACUGACUAUGACAGAUGUGUUGGUACAAGCUAAAUCACCACACAAAUGCAGCAGGUCUUUGGGACAGGGGACUUCUUUACCUAUGGACUGUGUGGAGGGUGCAAAUCAAGACUGUAUCAUAAAACCUGUAACACGGCCAUUACCCUUUUCUGUAGAGGCUUUGCUAAUGAGAUGAUGAUAAGAGUAACUUUCAAUUUCAAUUUCACUGGAAAGCAUAAUUAUUUUCUUGUUAGGCAGUAUAAUACAAUUUUUUUUAGUUUUCAAUAAAUGUUGGUUAAUUUACUACUUAACUGUUGGGCUUGUCAAAGCAUUAUAUAUUAUGUGAUGAUUUUAUUUCUUGGAUAUAAUCCUGUUUCAUUUUAAGAAUUAUUUUUUUUUAAUUACACAGUACAGAA